AUAACCCAUGCUACGACACCACCACCCUCCACACACAUUCUCAAAACUUCCUUCACAGCUCUUCAACAAUGCCACCGAUCCACCGCCAACUCGUGGACCGAGUCGCCAUCGGUCGUUACGAGGAUGAAGUAACACACCCAGGCGCCAUCAAGGCCUUUGUGGCAGAGUUCAUAAGUGCACUCAUCUUUGUGUUUGCAGGACAAGGGUCCGGAAUGGCUUUUAGUAAGCUAACUGAUGGUGGUGCGAGUACACCAGACGGGUUGGUUGCGGCUGCGAUUGCUCAUGGGUUGGGGCUGUUUGUGGCUGUUGCGAUUAGUGCUAAUAUAUCUGGUGGACACGUGAACCCUGCUGUCACUUUUGGUGCCUUUGUUGGUGGUAAUAUUACGUUGCUUCGUGGGAUUUUUUAUAUCAUUGCGCAGCUUCUUGGCUCGGUUGUUGCUUGUUUGCUUCUUUGGUUUUCUACUGGUGGUUUGACAACCUCUGGAUUCGCCUUAAGCGCAGGUGUAUCGGUCUGGAACGCCUUCGUAUUCGAGAUCGUGAUGACGUUCGGACUAGUCUAUACAGUUUAUGCCACCGCAGUCGACCCAAAAAAGGGUGACAUCGGCACAAUUGCGCCUUUGGCAAUUGGUUUAAUAGUUGGUGCCAACAUUUUAGCCGGUGGUGCGUUUACUGGUGCAUCUAUGAACCCAGCGGUCGCAUUUGGGCCCGCCGUGGUUAGCUGGGACUGGGGGAACCAUUGGAUCUACUGGGCUGGACCGCUAAUCGGUGGUGGGCUCGCGGGUGCCAUCUAUGAGCUCAUCUUCAUUAGCCGAUCUUAUGAGCCGUUGUGAGGGUUUUAAUAUAUGUGAAAGUGCAUUUGUGCCCUCGGUAGUGUUUAAUCAUUGAUGUACUUUGUAAGUUGGAGUCUUGUAUCUUCUUCCACUAUGUGAGUUGUGUUUGUUUUGUAUUCGAAUUUUCUUAUUAAAUUUGAUUUUCUUGUGUAACUAUUGCAUAUAUUAA